AUGCCGAUCGACUCGCCGCCCACGUCCAAGUCCCAUGCGGCCAAGCGACAGCGCCAAGCGUCGCCCGACCGGGGCGACUCGCCGCCGUCUAUCGCUUCGGCCGCCGGCGGAGGACCCUCCCCGGCCAGCGACUCGGCCGCCCACGACGGAGGGAAGGUCGGCCAGAGCAGCAACUUCCGCAGCGUCAGCGCCUGCACGCGCUGUCGCCACCGCAAAAACCGCUGCGACCAGCGGCUGCCGAGCUGCGCGAGCUGCGAAAAGGCUGGAGUCCCGUGCAUUGGCUACGAUCCCAUCACCAAGAAGGAGAUCCCACGGAGCUAUGUUUUCUACCUCGAGUCACGUAUCGAACAGCUCGAGGGCCUCUUAGCCGCCAAUAACAUCCCUUUCCCUCCAGCCGCCGACCUUGGCUAUUGUUCCAAGCCAGGGCAGGAUCCUCAGGCCCUCAAGUCGCCGACCGAUGCGCGGUCCGCGCCAAAGGAUGUUCUCGAGGCUGCUGCGCGCCCUCAGCAGCAACACGACGAAGAGGACGAGACCGGUCGCGUAAAGACCUUGGCUUCCAGAACCGGAAUGUCGAGAGUUCCCGAAGCCUCGAAUCCUCGCUAUCUGGGGUCGACCACCGGCAUCUCAUUUGCCAAAGUCGUCCUUGCUGCUGUUCAGUCCUCGGUCUCAGAUCAGAGAUCACUAUCCGACAAGGGCGGCAUCAAACCUUACAAACCUCCCAUGGGUCUCGGCGGGACCUCGAUGAGAGAUUCUUUCUUUGGUCUGCACACGAAACCCACGAUACAUCCGGCGGCGUUCCCCGACAAGCGACUCGCCCUGAAGCUCGUUAACUUGUAUUUCGAGCAUGCCAACCCCCAGAUCCCGGUUCUUCACAAGCACAUUUUCAUGCGCAUGUUUGAGCAAGCGUACGCCAGCGAAGGGCGGGUGCGCGGGGCCAAGGAGCUGUAUAUGCUCAAUAUGGUCUUUGCUAUCGGCAGUGGCAUAUUUGUGGGCGAUGCCGCCAAGCAUGCUACGGGAGAAGCGCCGGGUACGCGGUACUAUCAGCCUGAAGAGUAUCACGCCAGUGCCAUCGUCCAUCUCGAGGCCUGCCUGAACAACAGUGGUGGCGGAGUUGAAGAGCUGCAGGCUGUCCUGCUGCUGGCCAAUUUUGCACUCAUUAAGCCGGUGCCGCCUGGCCUAUGGUACAUUAUCGGUGUUGCUGUCAGGCUAGCCAUCGACCUCGGGCUUCACUAUGAGGAUGGCAAGGACCUCGAUGCCGGCCUUCACGAGGUACUUCCAGAGGCGAAAGAUCAUUUCCUUCGCGAACGAGGGCGACGGGAAUACGUUCGAGACCUUAGACGCCGCCUCUGGUGGUGCACCUACUCCUUGGACCGGCUCGUGAGCGUCUGCGUUGGGCGCCCUCUCGGCUUCUCGGAUCUCGUCAUGACCACCGAGUUCCCCUCCCUCUUGGAGGACCACUACAUCACGACUACAGGCUUUACGAAGAGUAUGCAGCCGCCAUUGGAACCAACCUACAAGCUAGUUGCACAUCAUUAUUUCCGCCUCCGGCUGCUUCAAUCCGAGAUCUUGCAGGUCCUGCAGUAUCAGCAAGCGCAGAUUGCUCGGGCCAAUGGAAGGAACCGGCAGGACCAUUUCCUGCACCCAAAGCUGCCUUCGCCUUUCCUCUCCAAGUUUGACUCUUUUCGUUCAUGGCGGGUGGACAUUGACAAAAGAUUGUGGAAAUGGAAACUCGCGGCCCCCUCAAAGCAGGAGACCGGCGUCGCUUUCUCAGUCGAGUUCUUAGACCUGAACUAUUGGCAGGCCAUCAUCCUUCUGUACCGGCAAAGCCUGAGCGUUCCGGCCGUUUUCGAGGGCGAGUACAACACGUCUACCGAGUUUAACAGCCCGUCUGUGCACAGUAUUGAGCCGUUGGAGGACGAGGACCGGGUGUAUCUCAAGGUUGCCGAGGCCGGUCAGAAGAUCCUUCGUCUCUACAGACAGCAGCACCUUUUAGGGCUUGUCAACUACACCUACUUUGCGACACACCAAAUCUUCACCGCCGGCAUCUCGUAUCUCUAUGCCAUCUGGCACUCGCCCGUGGUACGGAGCCGACUCACAAUGGACGAGGUGGACUUCACUGUCCUCGCAGCCAUCUCGGUGUUCAACGACUUUAUCGAAAGAUGUCCGCCCGCAGAGGCCUGCAAGGACGCCUUUGACCGCACCGCCAAGGCCACCAUCAAGAUGGCCAAUGCCACGGGCGGCUUUGGCCCCCUGGGCGUCGAGCAACAACAACAACAACAACAACAACAACAACAGCAGCAUGACUUUCCCCGCCAGGCUGGCGACUCGUCAUCAAACGUGUCGUAUCCCCCCCAUCCCCGACACCACCGUCGCAAAUCCGACCACUCCUCCCACCGCGCGAGCCUCUCGACGACGGCGUCGGACGCCUUCUCGGCGGCGACGAGCGCCGCGCCGUCGUCCCAGGUGUCCUCCUCCAUCCCGCACCACGCCACCCAGUACCGCGUGCUCAAGUCCGACCCCGACCUCUCCUACCCUACCACCAUGCUGCGAAACCCCGCAGCGCCUCCCCCAGCAGCACCGCUCAGCAACGCGAGCUCCUCCGAAGUCGCCGUGACGCCAGAGGGCCUAUCGUCGGCGUCGAUGCCGAUGAAGCCCUCCCCCCAGCUGGGGAUGCAGCUUCACGGCAUGCCCCCCGCCAGCGGGCCCCAGAUGACGGGCAGCUCGCCCCUGACGACCCAGGCCGUCGCCACGGCGAGUUACCUCUCUCAACAGCAGCAGCAGCAGCAAGCGCCCAUGUUCGCCCCCAACGCCGCCGGAGGCAUGGUGGACCCGGGGGCGGCGGCGGCAGCGGCGGCGGCCCUCACCUUUGCAGACUUCCAGGGCAUGGACUGGCUGCAGGGGUUCGGCAUGCCCGGCGGCGGUGGCCUGCCCGGCAACGGCAGUGGCGGCGGCGGCGACGGGAUGCUCCUCGACGCGCCGCCCAUGGACUUUGGCCUGGGCCUGGGCUGGGAGGGCACGCACCACGACUUUAGCGAGGGCCAGAACCUCGACAUCUUUGACGGCUACUUCUUUGGCGGGCAGCAGUCCGGCGCCGCCGGUGCCGCCGGCGAAGGCGGAGGGGGCAUGGAGGGCAUGUGA